AUGAUUGUAAUUGUAACAGCAGCUAUCUUGAGACGGCUCGAGACAAGAACAUUUGUUAUUUUCAAGAAAAAUAUAUUGAAUCCUCGUUUCAAACAGCUUCGAAAAUACUCGAAAAGCGAACGAUCAAAUUGUCAUAAAUUUAUUCGACAAGAAAUGGCUGUUAUCAUUGAAAAUGAAAAAAAACAAGAUAAAGAAGCAGAACAAUCAAGUAAUGAUAUGAAGAGGAAAAAAAUGAAACGAUUUGGACGAAAAUCUGAAAACGAUGCGUCGUCAAGCGAGGAAGUGGAUAAAGCAAACAAAAUUGGCAAUGAAUGA